GGCCGGUGCCGGGGCGGGUCCUGGGCGGCGGGCGGGGCGCCGCGGCCGAGGCCCGGAAGCGGACCGAGGCCGCCCGGGUCCCAGCCGUCGGGCCGCCAUGGACGAGGCUGACCGGCGGCUCCUGCGGCGGUGUCGGGUGCGGCUGGUCGGCGAGCUGCAGGUGGCCUCGCUCUGGGACGCUCUGCUGACCCGCCAGCUCUUCACGCCCGCGAUGAUCGAGGACAUCCAGCAUGCGGGCUCAGGGUCUCGGAGCGAUCAGGUCAGGCAGCUUGUCAUAGAUCUAGAGACCCGAGGGAGUCAGGCCCUUCCUUUGUUCAUCUCCUGCUUAGAGGACACAGGCCAGGAUGCGCUGGCUUCAUUGCUGAGAAUGGGUCGGCAAGCAGAAAAGCAGAAUCCACAGGCCGUCAGACCCCUGGACCUCAUGCCUGUGGUGGUUGGACCAAUGGGCCUCAAACCAGAGGAGCUCAGAAGGAGGCAGUAUCCUUUAAAGCCGACUCCGGAAAAACUCACUCCAGUGGUGUUGGGGCCCGAGGAGCUGUGGCCAGCCAAGCUGCGGCCAGAGGUUCUCAGACCAGAGGUGCCUAGGCCAGUGGACAUUGGUUCUGGACCAUUCAGUGAUAUCUGUGCUCAGGAAAUUUCGAAGCGAAAUGCUGAUUUGGCGUAUGUCCUGAACGCGGACCCCUGUGGCCACUGCCUCAUCAUCAACAACAUGAACUUCUGCCUCGAGUCGAGGCUCCAGACCCGUACCGGCUCCAAUAUCGACUGUGAGAAGUUGCAGCGACGUUUCUCCUUGCUGCAUUUCGUGGUGGAGGUGAAGCACGACCAGACGGCCAAGCAAAUGGUCCAGGCGUUGGUGGAGCUGGCGCGGCGGGACCACGGUGCUCUGGACUGCUGCGUGGUGGUCAUCCUCUCUCACGGCUGUCAGGCCAGCCACCGCCAGUUCCCAGGGGCUGUUUAUGGCACAGAUGGCUGUCCUGUGUCCAUCGAGAAAAUUGUGAACAUCUUCAAUGGAUCCGGCUGCCCCAGCUUGGGAGGGAAGCCCAAGCUCUUCUUUAUCCAGGCCUGUGGUGGCGAGCGGAAAGACCAUGGGGUUGAGGUGGCCUCCACGUCCCCUGAAGACAGGACCCCUGGCAGUGACUCCGAGCCAGACGCUGUCCCGUUCCAGGAAGGCCCAGGCACCUUUGACCAGCCGGACGCCGUGUCUAGUUUGCCCACACCCAGUGACAUCUUUGUGUCCUACUCCACCUUCCCAGGUUUUGUUUCCUGGAGGGACACCAAGAGCGGCUCCUGGUACGUGGAGACCUUGGAUGGUGUUUUCGCGCAGUGGGCUCGCUCUGAGGACCUGCAGACCCUCCUGCUCAGGGUCGCUAAUGCUGUUUCGCAGAAAGGGAUUUACAAGCAGAUUCCUGGUUGUUUCAAUUUCCUCCGGAAAAAACUUUACUUUAAAAUGUAAUGAGGCCGGGGCCCCUGCACCCUUUGCCCCAAAACCUUCCUGCUCCAGGCCCAGCGGCAGUGGAGGUCCGGUCUUUGCUACGACGACAGCUGUCACUCUUCGAAGGGGUUUGUGGCCUGUCGUGGGUCUGCUCUUUCCCCACCAGCGGCAGACAGGCUCUUAGCAGCUUCCAAAUUGGAGACGGAUGACUGGCGACACAGGAAGUGGAGCAGAAGAAAAUCAAGGACACCCAGGACUCUUACCAGUGGCCUGUUCUCCGGCUAGUGGCUGUGGCCUAUGACCCCUGUGUUUUCUGUAGAGUAAGGCUUUUUAACCUCAGUCUGAUUGACAUUUGGGGCCAGAUGUUGGGGGGGGGGGGGGCGCGUCCCGUGCACGGUGGGACGUUUAGCAGCAUCCCUGGCCUCUACCCUCUAGGUGCCAGGAGCACCUCCCCCUGCGUCGUGACAACCCAAAAUGUCUCCAGACAUUGCCAGAUGUCCCCUGGUGGGACACCCCUUGAGAACCACUGAUCUACAAGAAACUUUGGUUACAAACAAAUCAUCUCUCUUAAAUCAGCAAGUUUGGGGCUACUAGUCUGAAAAGCUGGAGUCUGCAAAUCCUCAAUGAGGUUUUAAAAAUGAUCAAUUUUUCUUAUAUUCUAGUAUUAAAAAAAUCUUAGGGGCAUAUGGACACUUUUUCCCCCUUAUUUCCCCCCUCAUUUUGCUCCAACUCUUUGUUUUUCCUUAUAAAGGGGAUUUUUGCUUUUCUGGGAACAUUUCCCCGUCUCUUACUUUAUGUGAACCCCACCCCAUCCCAGGGAAGGAUGACAGGUCUGGGAGCCGUGUCCUCAGGGAAGUUAGGUCACUGAGUCAAGGGGAGCAUAGAUACGGCCCCACCCCUGAGGUCUUGUAUGCGAUCCUGACCCUGGCCAAUUUGGAGCUUUUAGGGCCUUGGACUGGAGGAUUGUUUGCUAAGACUCACCAAGAUGUGAUUCACGCAGUUGUCACUUGGUUAUUAUUUCCCCCCGCCCCCCACCUGUGACCUUUCCAAGUGUGAAAUAGUCCCGGGGGCUUCUGCGGUUAGUUAUGUGUGGUCACCUGCGGGAUGGUACAAGGAAACAAUCCAAUUAACCCGACAGAGCCAAGCAGCGCUUGGCCCUCUGCCUGCUCCCUGCCUCCAGGCUCUGUACUCGCCCCUCAUGCGAAUCAGGUGGUCCUUGCCUGAGGCGCCCGAAUCGUGUUCAGGACAAAAAGAUGUUAUCACAGCUUUUCACUGAAAAGAUGUUAUCACAGCUUUUCACUGACCUGGCGGGGACUUCCUAUAAAGGGGUGGGGGUGGGGGGGGUCUUAGCCCGGAGUUCUGUUUGGACUUCCGAGCAGCGGGCCUGUGAACUCCUGAAAAUCAUACACCGAAUGUGUAGAGGGACAGGUGCUGAGAUUUCAUUUGUCUCUCAAAGGGAUUGAGAGCCUCAAAAGUUUAACAACUAGCACUGUUUGCAAGGCCACCCCCAUGGCGUGUUUUCAGAGGCUGGGUAGCGGUGUCUAUGAAACAUUUUACUGCCCCAUCUCCGUCGUCCAGUGACGCUGCUGGGGCCAGCUCUCCAGCACAGAUACGCAGACCAGUGUGCAAGAAUGUGUGUCCCAGGAUGUUCGCUGCAGCGGUGGGAGAGAGAAUAGGGAGCGGGUGAAAGUGUCACUCCUUCUAUUCAUAAUAUGGAAUAUUAUUUAGCUGUCCAAAAGAAUGGCCCGGAUGUAUGUACUGACACGUAAACUGUG